UUGAAUCCGCCGGAUCCGCGCCGCGCUGGGGGCACCUAGCUCGUAGCUGUUGCAUUCGCCGCUUCGUCGCUCGUUCGGUUUCUAUGUCGGCGCGUUUUCGGACCUGGGCCUAGCCGUUGCCGCUGCAGCAGUCGGCGGAGUCGCCGCCAUGGUUCCGAAUUGCACGCUCGAGCUGAACAAGCUGAUGAGCGAGCUGGAAAUAAGCGAGUUGGAGUCGCCGACCGGAGUUGUCACCGCACAGGCCUACAUGCGACUGCUGGCCACCUACCUCCAUCAGAAUGAUCUAUGCAACGCCAAGUACCUCUGGAAGCGAAUCCCCCCGGACGUGAAGGCGGCCAACGAGGAGCUCACACGGGUGUGGACGGUGGGGCAGUGCAUGUGGCAGCGCAACUGGCCCGCGGUUCACGCGGCCCUCAAUGUGGAAUGGAGCGAGGACAUCAAGGACGACAUGGCGGCCCUCAAAGACAAUGUUCGAGAGCGGGUGAUGAGGCUGAUAUCGAAGGCGUACUCCUCCCUGAACCUGACCACCAUGGCGACGAUGAGCGGCAUGUCGUUGGACGAGGCGCGCCGGGCCGCCAUCGACAGGGGCUGGCACGUGGACGAUACCAUAGUGCAGCCGCGCAAGCAGGUCGACGAGGAGCAGUACAAUCAAUCGGACAAGGUCUGCCUGACGGAGGAGCAGCUGCAGAAGCUCACGCAGUUCGUGUCCUUCCUGGAGAAUUGAGGGCGCCUCGCCGUCACCCGGAGCCUCGGCGUGCGAAUCCGCGGGGGUUGCCCGUUAGCGGACGGACUCGGCUACUCUCCUCUCGCAAUCUCUCGCCCCGUAAUUCUAUUAUAUAAAGGAGGAAGUGCGCGCCAAAGGUAGCGUCGUCUCGGUGUUCGCGUCCGUAAAAUAGGCAUCCUCCGAGUGAGAGAAAGGGAGAGGGCGAGGGAGAAAGAGAGAGAGAGAGAGAGAGGGGGGGUGUGGAAGCGACGGAGAUAGAGACGGAGAGGCCUGCCCACGCGGUUUGCCCGUUCGAUCGGAAGGAUAAUUCAAUGAAGCUCCUCGCAAGCGUGGAAUCAACAACUAUAUUAAUCGAUAAUCAGCUGUGCGUGCGAGAGGGCGGACUGGCAUUUGCGGAAAGGGAUCCUCCGGCGGGAGCGCGCCUCUCCCCUCCCGCCCCUCCCGCCCGCCGUCGUCCUCCGCUGGCCGCUCCGCUGCCUCCUCUCCUACCUCGGGGACGCUGGAUCCCGUGAAAAUCAACGCAGCGUUCGCGGCCGUUCGCGCCGCCGUAAUUAUCAAAGUGGAUCAAGCCGCAGUAAGAAUCGCGCAGGUAGCCGUUAACGUUCCUCGCCGGGCGACGACAACGCACACCACUUCCUCCGGCGGCGCGCGUACACUGCGCUGACGGACUCGCCGUGAUCGAUCGGGAGAAGAGUGGAAGGAACGAGAGGGCGCGAAAAAGGAUCGGGACUCGUUUCGAGCGGUGUGCCCCGCUCUGGAUUUUGAUUAAGUGUUUUGUAGCGGCAAGUGAGUGUUCGUUACUUGUUUCUUUUCCCCCGUUUACCGACCGUACCAUUAUCCCCAUGCAACAUCUCCCUCCUCACAUCGCAUACCGAAGAAACACUUUGAGACGGAUGUAAAUAUUGUGGACUCACGAUCGACGAUUGUUUCUCCUGUUAUUUACCGAGAAAAUAAAUUAAUGAUGCGCUUGUAA